UACUGACACUAGUUUAGCUUCCUGUUAUCACUUUUCCCAAUCAUUCGCGAAUCAUAACAAAAAAAGUCGAAAAAAAAGUUUUUUCAAUUCAAUUUAUUAUAAACUUCAUUAGUUCAUAAUAUACCAUUAGGUGAAAUUUGGAUCAGUAAACUACAAUUAGGUGAGAAUGUUUCGAUCAAGCGGAAAUUUUGAUAAGCUGUUGGAUAAAGCAACUAGUCACCUUUUAAUGGACCCUGAUUGGCCUUCCAUAAUUCAGAUAUGCGACCUAAUAAGACAAAAUGAUGUGACGCCAAAAGUGGCUUUAACUGCUAUCAAGAAGAAGCUUCAAUCUCCUAAUCCUCAUACAGCACUAUAUGCUCUUUCAUGUUUGGAAAGUAUUGUUAAAAACUGUGGUGCCCCCUUUGCUGAAGAAUUAACUUCUAAGGCUAACUGUGAUUACCUAAAUGAACUUGCUAAAUCUACUCCUCAUGACAUUGUUAAGCAGAAGCUUUUGGAGUUGAUACAGGCCUGGAAUUUUGCUUUUCGGAAGAAUCCCAAACAUGGAAAUUUGAAGGACCUCAUGGCCACAAUGAAAUCGCAAGGAUACAAGUUUCCCGUUUUGCGUGAGAGUGAUGCGAUGUUUGCCGCAGAUACAGCUCCCGAUUGGCUGGACGGCGACUCUUGUCACAGAUGUAGGGUGGUUUUUGGUAUUCUACAAAGAAAGCACCAUUGCAGAGCAUGUGGUCAAGUUUUCUGUGGUCAGUGCACCACAAAAUCCACAUCUUUACCCAAAUAUGGAAUUGAGAAAGAGGUUAGGGUAUGUGAUACAUGCUAUGAAAAAGCCACAAAGCCUUCAUCGACUUCAAAAUCAUCCAAGCAAGAAACGGAUCUUCCUCCUGAAUAUUUGAAAAGCUCUUUGGCCCAGCAAAGUCAGGAACCACCAAAGAAAUCUGAGGAUGACUUAAGGGAAGAAGAGGAGCUACAGUUGGCGUUAGCUCUGAGUCAGUCAGAAGCUGAGGCUAAAGAAAAGGAAAAAUUAAGAGUAACAAGUGCAUUACUGAAUAACACAAUCAAAAAGGAACCCGAACCAGUAUCUCGUAAAAGUCCGUCUCCACAGCCUGAACCAGAACCCGUCAGCAAUCCCGAAUUAGAUCGUUACCUCAAUCGCUCCUAUUGGGAAUCCAUACAGUCAAAUGAUACCAAAGACAGACCAACUAGUCCAUCAGCCCCUUCACCGGCCUCAUCCAUAAUAAGCAAUGAGCCGCCCAAGUUCAAAAUAAAAGAAAACGGAGUGCCCGAUAGCCAACUGGAAGAGUUUAUUGAAACGUUAAAGAGCCAAGUUGAGAUAUUUAUUAACAGGAUGAAAAGCAACUCUAGCAGGGGUCGCUCCAUAGCCAACGAUACAAGCGUGCAAACUCUAUUUAUGAAUAUUACAAAUUUCCAUUCGAGAUUGUUCCGGUACAUUCAGGAGCAUGACGAUCGUAGACUUCACUAUGAAAGACUACAAGACAAACUUACGCAGGUAAAAGACGCACGUGCGGCACUAGACGCACUACGCGAAGAACAUCGCGACAAAUUAAGACGCGAGGCGGAAGAAGCCGAAAGGCAACGGCAACUGCAGAUGGCACAUAAGUUGGAGAUUAUGCGCAAGAAGAAACAGGAAUACCUGCAGUAUCAACGGCAAUUGGCACUACAGAGAAUCCAGGAACAAGAGAGAGAAAUGCAAAUGAGACAGGAACAACAAAAGCAGCAGUAUCUUAUGGGUGGGGCCCCACAAUUUGCUGGUUACAUGGGCUCUCCGGUACACGCUCCUCAAUUUCAGCCCCCCAAUUCUGCUCCGCCCGGUGUGGGCCCUUAUUAUGCCCAGUAUGGGCCGAUGAUGGGCCAACCACCAAAUUCCGCACCACAAGGACCUAUUGGUCCUGCAGGGCACCCACCUAAUCAAAUGGGACAUCCACAUCCACAACAGUUUCAGCCUCCGCCUGCUGGACCAGUUGGACCGGCGCCCCCUAGUGGUACUUUUAGUCCUCCGCCCUCUAUGAUGCAAGGGCCACCCCAUCAGGGGGUUCCCGUUGGUCCGAAUCCGGGAAUGCCACAACAACCACAUGGACAAGGGCCUCCGCCUCAGAUGUCUUUUCCUCAGCAAGGUGUUCCUGCACAUAACGCCCAACUAUCGCCACAACCCUCUCAAACCGGAGAACAAACACAGACCGCGGAAUUAAUCUCUUUCGAUUAAGUUUUAAUAGGCAAUAUUUAGAUGUCUUAUUGAAAUGUUCUAUAAUAAAUAUAUUAACGCCUCCAUUCUCUGA